AUGAAGGUUGCCGCUCUCAUCUCCGUCCUCGCCAUCCUUGGCGGCACGGACGCCGCUGUCCACAAGAUGAAGCUCAACAAGAUGGACAGCGCCAAGAGCCUCAGCGCCAACUUCUCCCCUCUCAAGGAAGCCGAGUGGCUCAUGGAGAAGCACCUUGGCGGUCUCCUUGGCGGCGAGCAUCAGAAGCCCUUCACCGGCGGUCGCCGCAACCGUCCCCUUCGCAUGUCCGACGAGGACAAGGACCUCUUUUGGGCCCAGAUGAUUGAAGAGGCCAAGGACAACGCCGGCACCAUCCAGGGCGGCCACGAAGUCCCUCUCUCGAACUACAUGAACGCGCAGUACUACGCCGACAUCACCAUCGGCACGCCGCCCCAGCAGUUCAAGGUUGUCCUCGACACGGGCUCGUCCAACCUGUGGGUGCCUUCCAAGUCGUGCACGUCGAUCGCAUGCUUCCUCCACGCCAAGUACGACUCGGACGCAUCGUCGUCGUACAAGGCCAACGGCUCGGAGUUUGCCAUCCGCUACGGCUCGGGUUCGCUCGAGGGCUUUGUCUCGCAGGACACUAUGACGAUUGGCGACCUCAAGGUCAAGAAGCAGGACUUUGCCGAGGCCACCAAGGAGCCUGGCCUUGCCUUUGCCUUUGGCAAGUUUGACGGUAUCCUUGGCAUGGGGUACGACACGAUCUCGGUCAACCGCAUCGUCCCUCCGUUCUACAACAUGCUCAACCAGAAGCUGCUCGACGAGCCCGUCUUUGGCUUCCGUCUCGGCGACGGUGACGGUGACGGUGGCGAGUGCACCAUCGGUGGUAUCGACUCGGAAGGCUACACUGGCAAGAUCCACUACAUCCCCGUGCGCCGCCGCGGCUACUGGGAGAUUGAGCUCGAGGCCGUCAAGUUCGGCAAGGACACGCUUGAGCUCGAGAACACUGGUGCCGCCAUCGACACGGGCACGUCGCUCAUUGUGACCCCCACUGACAUUGCCGAGAUGCUCAACGCUCAGAUUGGUGCCGAGAAGAGCUGGAAUGGCCAGUACACUCUCGACUGCGCCAAGGUACCUACGCUUCCGAAGCUCUCGUUCGUCUUUGGUGGCAAGGACUUCACCCUCUCGGGCGAGGACUACACCCUCAACGCCGGCGGCACCUGCAUCUCGGCGUUUAUGGGUAUGGACUUCCCCCCUCCCAUGGGCCCCAUCUGGAUCAUCGGCGACUCGUUCCUCCGCCGGUACUACAGCGUGUACGACCUCGGCCGGAACGCCGUCGGUCUCGCCACGUCGACGUAA